AUGGCAGAACCAACAUAUAUUACACUCAACAACGGCAUCAAGGUGCCACAGAUCGGGUUCGGGUGCUGGAAGUUGAAGAACGAGACGGCUGCGGACCAGAUCUACGAGGCCAUCAAGGUCGGGUACCGGCUCUUCGACGGGGCCAUUGACUACGGCAACGACCAGGAAAUCGGGAAGGGCAUCAAGCGGGCGAUCGAGGAGGGCUUGGUGAAGCGUGAAGAGCUCACGAUUGUGUCGAAGCUCUGGAACAACUACCAUGCGCCGGAAAAUGUGGUGAAGGCCAUCAACAAGGUGUUGAGCGACUUGCAGCUCGACUACGUGGACGUGUUCUACAUCCACUUUCCGAUUGCGCAGAAGUUUGUGCCGAUCGAGGAGAAGUACCCGCCGGGGUUCUACUGCGGCAAGAACGGGUGGGAGUUCGAGGACGUGCCGCUAGCGGUGACGUGGGCGGCGAUGGAGAAGCUUGUGGAGAAGGGCAAGACCAAGUCGAUCGGGAUCUCGAACUUCAACGGCGCGUUGAUCCAGGACUUGCUCAGAGGGUGCAAGAUCAAGCCACAGUUUCUCCAGAUCGAGCAUCACCCCUACCUAGUGCAGCCACGGUUGAUCAAGUAUGCGCAGGACAACGACAUCACGGUGGUUGCGUACUCUUCGUUCGGGCCGCAGUCGUUCCUGGAGUUGGACGUCCCGGAGGCCAAGGGCGCGGUUUCGUUGUUCCAGCAUGACCUCAUCAAGACGAUUGCGUCGAAGCACAAGGUGUCGGCGGGCAAGGUCUUGCUCAGAUGGGCGACCCAGAGGGGGUUGGUGGUGAUUCCAAAGUCCAACAAGAAGGAGCGGUUGAUUGAGAACUUCCACAUCAACGACUUCGACUUGUCCUCGAAGGAGGUGGAGGAGAUCUCCAAGUUGGACAAGCACCUCAGAUUCAACGACCCAUGGACCUGGGGCGCCGAGAUCCCCAUCUUCAUCUGA